AUGAGGACAAGGCCAAGGUCCUUGAAGGUCCAGGGACGAGCGUGGAAGCCACCAGAGCAGAACGAAGCUCAGAACGACACCAACGAGGCCGUAAACCAUAAACAUCCAUCGGAAGCCCACAAUUCCUCUCUCACCAUCCAUGAGCUGAAAGCCGGCAGAAACAAGACCAACAACAGCAGCAGAGACUUGAGAUGCGGUGAAGUAGUAACCAAUUCGCUGCCCGGUGCGCGAUGGAGGAUAGAAGAGGGUGAGGUAGAAUGCCAUGCCAGGCCACAUACCAGCAAUGACGACUCCAAGCAGGAAGCGCAAAAGCUUGACGCUCCAGGGGUCAUUGGCGGCAGCAAAGCAAGUGCCAAUAACACUGGUCGCAAAGACAAUGCGGGCCAUCCAAAGACGAGGGCUGAGUUUGCUCAUGACAAGGUUGGAGGGGCAAUCGAAAAGCACGUAGGCUACGUAAAAGAGAGCCAGAGCAGUGGAAACGUCCUUUGGAGUCAUUCCGAGAACAGUCAUGAGGUCAUGACCCUUGUCCUUGUUCAUGGUUUGGGCGAUUCCAAUGUUUGA